AUGAGGACGAUGCUCACAUGCGUUGCCCGCAGUGCGCUGCGACAGACUUCUAUGAGCGCACCUGCGCGCGCCUGUUUCUCUGCAUCUGCUCCUGCGCUUAGCUCGCGCAGUCGGAACUAUUCAAAGCAGCAGCAGCAGCAGCCGGUGGCACGAACGGGGCUCAAGGAUUUGCAUCCAUUGCCCGAGUCGAUGCGCGAGCAGCUUGAGAGCUCCGAUACACCACAAGAGCCAUAUACAGCCUCGGGCAACUCGAACGAUCCUGCCGUUCAUUCGAGUCGACCUGCUUCUCAGCCUGCUGAGCCUGAGGUCAGCCCAAGGGUGGCUGCUCCCGGACUAGUCAACGGAUCCUCUUCAAAGAAUGGAUCUCCGUCCAGCGCUUCAUCUAAUGGGGCCUCUUCCUCUGGGGCCUCUUCCUCUGGCACGUACUCGUCUGGAAAUGCAUCCAUCCCGAUCAGCAACAUCUCGGAGGCAUGGGGGACCAGCUUCGCAGGGCUCGGUGAACGCUCUUUCAGCAAGGAGGCGAUCGAUGUGCUCAUGGCACCCAUCAACGAGGCCGACGUCGAGAUCAAGCCAGACGGGCUCAUCUACCUGCCUGAGAUCAAGUACCGCCGGAUCCUCAACAAGGCUUUUGGACCGGGCGGGUGGGGGAUGGCACCUCGCAGCGAGACCAAUGUCGGCCAAGGCAUCGUGAGCCGCGAAUGGGUGCUCAUCUGCCAAGGCCGAUUUGUUGCCACAGCAAGAGGCGAGCAGGAGUUCUUCAAACCUUCGGGUGUUCCCACCGCUUCCGAGGGAGCCAAGUCGAAUGCGCUGAUGCGAUGCUGCAAGGAUCUUGGGGUUUCGUCCGAGCUGUGGGACCCUCGUUUUAUCCGACAGUUCCGCAAGAAGCACUGCAUCGAGGUGUGGGCACAGGAUACGGCGGGCAAGAAGAAGAAGCUUUGGCGUCGCAAAGAUGACCCACCGUUCGAGUAUCCAUGGAAGGAGACAGGCACUGCUUGA